CCGGGGCGGGGCGGGGCGGCGGCGGCAUGGCGGGCCGGCGGCCGGGGCCCGGGGCGCUGCUGGCGCUGCUGGCAGCGCAGGCGCUCGGGGCGGCGGCGCACCCGCAGUGCCUGGACUUCAGGCCACCCUUCCGGCCGCCACAGCCGCUGCGCUUCUGCGCGCAGUACUCGGCCUUCGGCUGCUGCGCGCCCGAGCAGGACGCGGCGCUGGCCCGUCGCUUCGGGGCCCUGGCGGCGCGCGUGGACGCCGCCGAGUGGGCCUCGUGCGCCGGCUACGCGCUCGAUCUGCUGUGCCAGGAAUGCUCACCGUACGCGGCCCACCUCUAUGAUGCCGAGGACCCGUCCACACCGCUGCGGACCGUGCCUGGGCUCUGCGAGGACUACUGCCUGGAUGUGUGGCAGACCUGUCGAGGUCUGUUCCGCCACCUCUCACCUGACCGAGAACUCUGGGCGCUGGAGGGCAACCGUGCCAAGUUCUGUCGCUACCUGUCCCUGGAUGACACGGACUACUGCUUCCCCCGUCUGCUGGUCAACGAGAACCUCAAUUCAAACCUGGGCCGUGUGGUGGCUGACGCCAAGGGCUGCCUGCAGCUGUGCCUGGAGGAGGUGGCCAAUGGGCUGCGCAAUCCCGUGGCCAUGGUGCAUGCCCGGGACGGCACCCACCGCUUCUUCGUUGCUGAGCAGGUGGGGCUGGUGUGGGCCUACUUGCCUGACCGCUCGCGGCUCGAGAAGCCCUUCCUAAACGUCAGCCGGGCCGUGCUCACCUCACCCUGGGAGGGCGACGAGCGGGGCUUCCUGGGCUUGGCCUUCCACCCCAGCUUCCGGCACAAUGGCAAGCUCUACGUCUACUACUCUGUGGGGGUCAGCUUCGAGGAGUGGAUCCGCAUCAGCGAGUUCAGGGUCUCCGAGGACGACAUGAACACCGUGGACCACGCCUCUGAGAGGAUAAUCCUGGAGAUUGAAGAACCAGCCUCGAACCACAAUGGGGGCCAGCUGCUCUUUGGGGACGAUGGGUACCUCUACAUCUUUACUGGAGAUGGCGGGAUGGCCGGAGACCCCUUUGGGAAGUUUGGAAAUGCUCAAAACAAGUCGGCGCUGCUGGGCAAGGUGCUGCGCAUCGACGUGGACCGCAACGAGCGCGGCCCGCUCUACCGCAUCCCGCACGACAACCCGUUCGUGGGCGACCCCGCCGCGCGCCCCGAGGUCUACGCCCUGGGGGUGCGCAACAUGUGGCGCUGCUCGUUCGACCGCGGUGACCGGGCCUCGGGCGCGGGCCGCGGGCGCCUCUUCUGCGGCGACGUGGGCCAGAACAAGUUCGAGGAGGUGGACCUGGUGGAGCGCGGCCGCAACUACGGCUGGCGCGCGCGGGAGGGCUUCGAGUGCUACGACCGCAAGCUGUGCGCCAACGCCUCCCUCGAUGACGUUCUGCCGAUUUUCGCCUACCCGCACAAACUGGGCAAGUCGGUUACGGGAGGCUAUGUGUACCGGGGCUGCGAGUACCCCAACCUGAACGGCCUCUACAUUUUCGGGGACUUUAUGAGCGGGCGGCUGAUGUCCCUCCGAGAGAACCCGGAGACAGGCCAAUGGCGGUACAGCGAGAUCUGCAUGGGCCGUGGCCAGACCUGUGCUUUCCCAGGCCUCAUCAACAACUACUAUCCACACAUCAUCUCUUUCGGGGAGGACGAGGCUGGGGAGCUGUACUUCAUGUCAACAGGUGUGCCGAGUGCCACUGCUGCACGUGGGGUCGUCUACAAAGUGACAGACCCCUCCAGACGGGCACCACCAGGCAAGUGUCAGAUCCAGCCCACCCAGGUGAAGGUGAGGAGCCGCCUCAUCCACUUCGUGCCCAAAGAAAGGUUCAUCCGGAGGACGGAGACCCCCCAGCGUUCCACAGCAAUCACACCCACCAAAGCGCCCCGCCGCAGCCGCCCCACAGCUGCUCCGCCCACGCCCACUCUGCGUCCAGCACGGCCUACCCGGCGGCCCAGGGGCCGGAGAGUUGGGGGGCGGCGGCGGGAGCGGCCUGGCACAGCGCACCCGGUGCCCUCCAACGGCGCGGUGCGCCUGGUGCGGCCCGCGGGCCUGAGCCCUGGUCGUGGGCGCGUGGAGGUAUUCGUGGGCGGACAUUGGGGCACUGUGUGCGACGACGCCUGGGACAUCAAGGCCGCAGCCGUCGUGUGCCGCCAGCUGGGCUUUGCGUACGCCGUGCGCGCUGUCAAGCACGCCGAAUUCGGCCAGGGCCUUGCGCUGCCCAUCCUGCUGGACGACGUGCGCUGUGCGGGUGCCGAGCGCAGCCUGCUGGAGUGCACGCACGCUGGCGUGGGCACACACAACUGCGGGCACCAGGAAGACGCGGGCGUCGUGUGCAGCCAUGAGGACCCUGACCUAUAGAUCAGUGUCAUUUGUGCUGCCAGGCCACCCGCUGUCCUGCUGGAGCCGGGCAGGGCCUCUCCACCCUGUGCCACCUGUUGUGUGCACAUGAGUCUGAGGGUGUCCAGCAGUGGGUGUGGUGAAGGAGGUGGCCCAUCUGUAAUGCUGUCCCAUGCCAGGUGUGUGCUGUGCACUUGUGUUCUCUGUGUCCCAUCCGCAUGUUUUCUGCACACUGGAAGCCACAGCAUGUGCUGGGGUUCACAUUGCUCAUGGGGUUGUGUGGACACAGGCCCAGGUGUUCUGUUCUUACCUCCAAGCAUCUCAAGCAGCAGCAGGAACACAGUCUGGUCAUGGAACCCUGAAUACUGGGGGCUGCCAUCCUUCAAGGGCAGACACAGCCCCUGGCUGCAUCAACAGAGGCACAGCCAGCAGACUGAGGGAGGGGACCAGGCCUGCCCUGCCCAUGGCUGAAGUGGAAGGCCUCAGAAGAGAGCAUGAAGGUGGCUGGACAGUCAAAGGUGCUGAAGAGAGUGGGAAGAUGUCCAGUGGGGUGAAGGGCAACUGUCAGACCAGUGGGUUCAGGGUGACCUGUGGGCUGUGCUGCCUGAGCAAGGGCCAAGUUGUCUACGAGGAAGCACGCACCUGGGAGAACUGGCUGGGGCAGAGAGACAGGGUGACCUCUAGGAGAAGCCUGCUGGCUAUCCUGGACCUCAUCAUCAGGCCCUCCUGGGUGCUCAGGGGAUGGUCCUGGCUCUCCCCUGCUCCCCAGGGAGAAGCCAUCACACUGACUGGGCAGCUGUCCAGCCAGCCAUUCCAAGUACCACGGCCCCCAGUGAGCGAGUGGACUUUGGGCUGCUCCACGUUCCACGCUGUAUCAGGAACACUGGGGACCUCUCUGUCAUGUGCCUCCCGCCCUUGCUCAGUGAGACCCCAGGGACCCUCUGAUUCCUCCAGCACCACCCAGGGUGUAACCAGGCUGAGGGUCCAGCGAGACUACUGAUGUGCUGUCACCCAGGGCUGUGCCAACAACCGACUGUUUACAACCCCCUUCCUGCCUCUUCUGUGUGACGGCCCUCCUGGGAGCUGGGGUGGGGGCCUCUGGGGAGGGGCUACGCCUACAGCCUCCCUCCUGCUCCCAGGUGGAAGCUCCUUUGCCCACUAAGGACCUCAGCCCUGGCUUCCUGGGCUGUCAAGGGACGUCAAGCACAGCUGGGCUCAGCUUCUGAUGGGGGACUGGGAGGUAAGCAGAUGGUCACCUGGCAUCAAGGACAGGACACAGCCCAUGUCAGUGGUGCUGGGAGGGCUCUGGGCGGGCCAUCCCAACCCAAGCUGUGCGUUGUUCUGAGAGUUGAACUGACGCAAGGGGCAGUGUGCCCACCAAGGGACAUGGUGAAGGAAGGCCUGUUGGAGCCUCCCAGCUGCCCCCUGAGGGUGAAUGUGGAGCCCAGGCCUGCAGACGAAGCCUCAGGGUUGCCCUCUCGGACUCCUCACGCCUCUGCCCUGAGCGAGGUUGGUGAGGGCGCUGAGCCCUUGCAGUUCGUCUGGCCUGUUGAGCCCCACGUGGAAAUGAUUAACACUGCCAUGGAGUGCGGCCUGUGCUCUGGGUGCUGUUGUCAGAGCAGGGCAGUGAGUGUGGACUCAUUCAGUCCUCAGAACAGCCCUCUUCUCCUCUUUUACACAUGGGGAAACCGAGUGCACAGAGGUUAAAUAUCUUAGCUGAGGGCCCCUGGCUAGGGAGAGGGGAGGCCAAGAGAGAACGCGCACAGUCCAGCUCUCCUGCUUGCACUCCCUGGCCCCAGGGCUCCUGCCUGCUGUGGCCUGCCAGCCAGGCUGGGCAGCCACUGAGGGAGACCCUUGUGAGCCUCUCCUGCCAGUGGGUGACCAGGCAACUUCCCAGGAGGCAGGGAAAUUCUGAACAGUUCCUCACUGUGCAGGUUGAGAGAUGGGCUCACAAGGCCAAGCAUCUGGCCUGUUGCCAGAUGGGGCCAAGCUGAGACUAGAGCCCAAGGUGGGUGGCCCUCAGAGCAGGGCAGCACCAUGGCCCUGCCCAGCAAGGGGACGAGCUGUUGGUUUCUCUGGGCCCAUAUUAGGGGGGAUGGGUUGCAGUAGCUUCUGCCCCCUCUUCCUGGGGCUCCUUCCCUGCCCUUCUGUGCUCCACUCCUCAUUUUAAGGCCCGGAGGCCAUGAUGCGAUGAAGCGUGGCCUGGGAAGUGGGGUGGAAGUGAUAGGGACCAUCUCCCACUGCACCUCAGCACCCACAGUCUGGGCCAGCACCUGGGGCCUCUGGUACCUGCCCCCAGGUGGUGGAGUGGGCCAGUCUCAGCUGGUCCCUGAGCAUCCCUGUUUGUUGUGGCAGUUGGGAGAGGUCCCAGGCCCCUCCACUGCUCCGAGCAGGGCUGGCCUUGGCUCUGCCUCCCUCUCCAGCCCCCUGACUCACCACCCCUCAGGCUCCAAAUAUGGCUUGGGCUGCAGCCUAACUCCUGAGAAGCAGGUCGAUGCAGACUCACUGCUCUUUGAGUAGUAAAAAUAAGAGUGGAUAGCUGACAUUUGCUGAGCACUUCUGUGGUUGGCACUGUUCAAAAGGUUUUGUUUUUGUUCACUCAUUUAAUCAUUAACUUUAUGACAGUGAUGGUCUAGUCACCCUCCAUUUUAUAGACAAGGAAGCCAAGGCCCAGGGAGGCUUAGUUACUUGCUAAAUGUCACACAGUCAAUAUUUGCAACCAGUCAAUAUUUGCAAUCUGGCUGUGGAACCCAAGCUGUAUAGGCUGUCACACUGCUGCCUAAACAUCAUUCAAUUUGGUGUCCCCUCCAUGGGGCCCCAUCAUUGUUCAGAUGAGGACACAAGCCCAGGGAAGGCAGAGACAGGGUAGACUCCCUGUCCAGUGCUCUGCUGCAUGGAGCUGGCUGCCAAAGGAGCAUGCACAAGUCUGCCUUCGAGUCCUCCAGGGUCUCUGGGGAUGUGGACUGGCCUAAGCUAAGGCUCCCUCUGCCUCCUCCCAUCCUCUGCCCUCACCCACUCUAAUCUAGCCUCUAGUCAGCAGCUAGUGUGAUCUCAGAACUUGAUCGGGAGGUGCUGCCUCUGUCCAGCACCAUACAGUUCGCUUCUAGAGCCUUGCAACCUAAUGCUGCAGAGAUGUCCCAGGUGUGGCCCAGCAUCCAGGCCUGCACCUGUGUCAGCCUCAGGUAGUAACAGUCUGGGUCCCUGACUGGGCCGCAAUCAUUCCCUGUUCACCUGCAUCCCUCUGACAAGCCCCAGCGAGGCCACAACCCUGGGUGACCACUUUUUUCCUCUGUCCCUGGCAGCUCUGAAAACUGCAGUCAGUGGCUGAAGGCACACAAGCUAGUGGGCAACCUCCAGCUCCCCAGGGUAUCCCUGAGUUUACAGCUUGCAAAUGCUUGACUGGGUGUCUAGAGACUGGGGUUCCAGAUUGGCUGUGUGACCUUGGGGAGGUCACUUAACCUCUCUGAGCCUUACUGGAAAAUAGAGGUAGUCAGUAGAAUUAUUGGGGUAAAAAUGAGGUAACAUUUACAAACACAUCCAGCUGAUUCCAGGUUCCUUCCUGGACAGAAACUUGGUGUCCAUGUUGGCAGCUGCCAACUGCACAAGACAGGGUGGGGAGGGGCAUGGCAUAUGGAGGGGGCAAUAUGAGAAUGAUCUGGGGGAAAAGUUUUCGAAACGAGAGGAAGAUGAGCCGCUUUACACUAACAAGUAGAACUCAAGUGUUGUGGGGGUCAUUUGUCCUCUCAGCCAUCCCCUCCUCUCUCCCUACCCUGCCCCAUCCCUGCUAAGAACUAGCAUAUAUAUAUGAACACUUAGUGUACAUGCUAGGUGCCUCAGGUGGGCCGAGGCACCCUUGACAUUCCCAUCCCUGUUUUCCUGGUGAGGGGACAGAUCCCAAAGAAGCCUAUGUAAUUGUUCUUGGUUCCCACGUUCAGAGGGAAGGUGUCUGAACCACUCAAGUCAGGGCAGCCACUUCAGAGGCCCUCUUCUGCUUGCAUAUCCUGUCUGCAUUUCCCUGGUGGAAAGCUUACCUGGUUGUGCAUUGUGGAAUUCCCCCGUUCUUGUCUUAUGAAAGGAAAGAAUUCAGACUAGAACAGAUAGAAAGUUAAAGCCGCAAAGAGUGUUUUAUUUAGUAAAGCAAAAGGCCGGUAAGCUCCAAAGACAGAGGAGCAUACUGACCCUGAGGGUGGGGAGCAGCCUGCCAGGUUUUACACUGUGUAUUUUUAUGGGAGUUUAUUUGGUUUCCUCCCUCGCAUCUUGUUGUUCUCACACCACCCUUUGGAUCCGCCUUGGUUUCUCCCCUUCAGCCUCUUUGCACAAGUUUGCAUUAAUCAUUUUUCCCAUAAGCGCCUAAGUGAAAUCCAUCCUGGGGCCAAAACCGCAAUUAAAUGAUAUUACAAUGAUAUUAUAAAGGCCUCAGGGUUAUUAGCGGACAAAGUUGUCCUUAAGAGCGUGUGCUCCAAAACUGGGGAAUUCCUGGGGGUCCGCAUCUUACCGGUUUGUGCUGAAAUGCAAGGGAGGUUGGUCCAAGGGAGGCAGGAGGGUCUCUGGGUGGUCUGUGCCCUCCUUUCUCCCCUCCUGCUCAUGUCUAACUGCCUACUCUAACACAACCACUUCCUAUAUGGCAUUGUCUACACCAGUGGUUCUCAAACUUGAGCAGAAUCACUUGCAGAACUGGUUAAAACUCAAGUUGCUGGGGUCCUUUCAGAGUUGUUGACUCAGUAGGUUUUGGUGGGGCUGGGAAUUUGCAUUGUGACAUGAGGCAAUGCUCAUGUUGCUGGCCUAGGGGACACACUUCGAGAAACAUUGUCUAUAUUAGUGCUGCCCGAUAGAAAUAUAUAUGAGCUUUAUUGGUAAUUUUAAGUUUUCUCAUAGCCCUGUUAAAAAGUAAAAAGAAAUGUGUAAAAUAAAUUUUAAUAUAUUUUAUUUAACCUAA